CAAAGAUAAUUCUCAUACAUUUGUAGUAAAGCUUGUAACAUUCAUUCUUUGUAUAGGCAUCAAUCGUUUAACAAUCUUAUUUUCCUUCCAAAAAAAUACAAACAGGAACAACGAUGAGCACGAAGAAAGUAUUAGUGAUAAUAGCUACCGGUUCGGAAACUGUUGAAAUUGUAGCGCCUGCAGAUAUUUUAAGAGGAUGCGGUGUGGAAGUAACAAUUGCAUCAAUUCAUGGCAAUGAACCUGUAAAAGCAUGCGAUGGAAUUUCGAUUGUACCGGACAUUGCUCUCAAAAGUGUCAAUAAGGAUGCUUAUGAUGCAAUAAUUCUUCCAGGUGGACUGACAGGUUCGCCAAACAUGUCGCAAUGCGAGCUUGUCGGUGACAUUUUAAAGCAUCAUCACGAUAAAGGAAAAUUAAUUGCCGCAAUUUGCUUGGGACCGACAGUUUUACAUGCAAAUGGAAUUGGCUUUGGGCGAAAAAUAACAUCAUAUCCGCUUGGGAAGGAAUCACUUUCGGAAAAAUAUGAUUAUGUGGAAGAACCAAUUGUACAAGAUGGAAAUAUCAUUACAUCGAGAGGUCCGGGAACUGUUUGGAAUUUUGCAUUGAAAAUUGCUGAAAAUCUUGUCGGAAUUGAGGAAACAAAAAGAGUUGCUGAGAGGAAUUUACUGCUUGAAUUUCUUGAUAAGAAGACUUUUGUGAAUAGUUAAAUAAAGUUUUAUUACAUGCUUAAUAAGUUGAUCGACACUUCUUGUCAGAUUGUAACAAUUUUUGCAUUUUUAACAUAAAACCGUGGAUUAGUGCAUCAAUAAAAUCUGAGAAUGUAAAGUUUAUUGAUUCGAUUAAGUCAUUUUUG